GCGGCGGAGCAAGCGGUGGGAAGGGCGGCGCGCUCCUCCCGGUCGCGGAACGGGUACGGAUCUGCCAACGUGCAGGGCUGGGAGUCAUUUUUGAUCUCUCGAGUCGUCGUUGCGCCGUUCACUCAGUUCGCUAUUGAAGUGUUACCGAUAAACGAGGUUUUGACCCUUGACAGCGGAGAGGACGGAGGACGGACAGUCGGGCACUGCCGCGGCCGCCGCCGCCGCGUUUCCCCGCAGACACAUUCUCUGCCGCUCGCGCUCCACACCGCGUCCCACAGCUGCUGCAGGGCUGCUCCACCGUGCCAUGGGAAGUCCGGGCGAUGGAGGACUGACGCCGGAGGGGCCGUGAAGCGACGCGCGUUCCGUUUGGAUAAAGGAGCAGCUGGUGAAGGAGGGCGCCGUGCGAGAUAAGGCUGGCAGAGAGGAGUGACAGCGCCGGCAAAAUGUCUGUCCCGAACGUGUUGGCCAAGGCGUUGUACGACAAUGUGGCUGAGUCUCCGGAUGAGCUGUCCUUCCGCAAGGGUGACAUCAUGACUGUGUUGGAGCGUGACACACAGGGACUGGACGGCUGGUGGCUCUGCUCCCUCCACGGUCGCCAGGGCAUUGUCCCCGGCAACCGUCUCAAGAUCCUGGUCGGGAUGUACGACAGCAAGCAGCAGCAACUGGCCGCAACUUCCACGCCAGAUCCAGCAACUCCCUUUUCUGCCUCCCACGUGCAGCGACCCCUCCCCCCUCUGAGCGCUUACGCCAAACCAAGUCCUGCGCCGUCAUCUGCUGCCACCGCUACGUCCUCCUCUGGCUUUGCCAACAAACCUCUCCCCACAGCCCAGUACACGUCCAAGCAUUCAGCCUACUCCACCCCUAGCCCUGCACAGCCAAAUCCUGAUUCUGUCUACAUGAUGCCCCCCUCCCACAGCCCGAAACCAAGUCCUCAAAGCUUGUACCAGAUUCCCUCUGGCCCGGGUGGAUCCACUCCUCAGGCCCAGCCAGGACCCCCCAACAAGGCACCAGCUUUAGCCUUGCGACAGUACCAGCUGCCUGGAAGGGACAUCUACCAGGUGCCCCCUUCUUUAGGCCCAGGGGCAGGACAGGGAGCAGCCCUGAGCGGCGGUACAGGAGCUGGGCAGGAUGUGUACCAGGUGCCCCCCUCCCUGGAAAAGAGGAACUGGGAGAUCAGCAACAAGCCACUGGGGAAGGUGGUGGUCCCCACUCGGGUCGGACAGGUGUAUGUGUACGACACAGUGAAGUCAGACCAGGAUGAGUAUGACGUCCCGCCUAGACACCAGCCUCCGACCCAGCAGGACAUUUAUGAUGUUCCGCCCACCCGCCAGCAGUACAACACACAGGUGUAUGACACUCCUCCCAUGGUGGUGAAGGGGCCCACCGGUGAUCAAGAUAUAUAUGACACUCCACCGAGUACAGAGAAGAACACACAGCAGACGAUCUAUGACUUCCCCCCGUCUGUCAGUAAAGAUGUCACUGAUGCUCAGCCAAUCAGAGAGGAGACCUACGAUGUGCCUCCACACUUUGCCAAACUCAAGCCCCAGCUUCCUUCCAAGGCCCCUACUGGCCCGUUCCUGCACAACAACCUGAACGACGACGACAAUGAGCCACCCAUUCCAGAGGACGUGUACGAUGUCCCGCCCCCCAUCCUGACUGACAAGCAUUAUCACAGAGACAGGAGCGGGGUCAGCCAGGCCCCACAGGAUAUCUACGACAUCCCGGCCAGCCUGCGGAGCGGAGGUCACCUCACCCAGGAUGUCUACGACUUCCCCCGUGAGCGAGAGGAGAGAGGAGGAGAGAGGGGCGAUAACGUCUACGAUGUCCCACCGCAGGUAGGAGAGGUUGUGCGCGAUGCCCAGUCCACCAGUGAGGAGCUGGCCAUGUCCUUCAAGCGGCUGUCUGCCUCGAGCACAGGAAGCACGCGGAGCAACCACUCUGCUUCAUCCUUAGACAUGGUCCCUGUCCGUGACACCUCUUCUUCUUCCGCACUUCCCAUUCCUGGCUGCGUUACCGGGAAGCCCCUGAUCUUGGACCUGGAGCAGGCGAUGGAACGUCUGUCUCGCCUCCAGCAAGCCGUCGAGUCCAGUGUUUCCCUCAUGAUGUCGUUCAUCACGGGGAACUGGAGAAGCCUUGCUCACCUGGAAGGGAACCUCCCAGCCAUUCAUCAGGCUGCAGACCGGGUGCGCGCCAAUGUCCGAGACUUCCUAGAAUUUGCCCGGGGGGCUGUGGCAAACGCUGCCCAGGCCACCGACCGCUCUCUGCAGACUAAACUGGGCCGUCAGGUGGGGAAGAUGGAGGAGGUCUUCCAGAGUUUGGUUCGACACAGUCAGAGCUUAGACGCCAUUUCCUGGUCACACACGGCGCUCACAGCACCACCACCAGGAGGGGAUGACUUAGAUCGGCUAAUCAUGACGGCACGAGGCAUCCCUGACGACGCCAAGCAGCUCGCCUCCUUUCUCCACGGCAACGCCUCACUUCUCUUCAAACGGACCAACCGGCAGCAGCAGCAGCAGCUGCCACUUCCUCCGAUCCCAGGGGAGAUCAGCGGUCACACAACUGGAUCGGGAAGUGGGACCUAUCAGGGAGGGGAGAGGGUGCAUAUUCAGUCACGGCCCCUCCCCUCUCCGCCAAAGUUCAGCGGUGCAGAGGAAGGGGAAGGUGUGGACAGGCCCUACGAGACCACAGAGGAAGGCUGGAUGGAGGAUUACGACUAUGUACAUCUACAGGGGAAGGAGGAGUUUGAGAAGAACCAAAAACAACUGCUCGAAAAAGGCAACAUCAUCCGACACAACAAGACACAACUGGAACAACAACAGAUUAAGCAGUUUGAGCGGCUAGAGCAGGAAGUCAGUAGGCCAAUCAACAACGACAUGACGGGCUGGGUCCCGUCCGCCCACCACCCUCACGGCAACCAGCUGGCCCAGAAUGGCUCUGGAGGCCCCUCCUCCUCAUCCUCCAAGCUCUGCCACGGCGACCGGCAGCUCCUCCUCUUCUACCAGGAGCAGUGUGAGCAGAACAUCACCACGGUGACCAAUGCCAUUGACGCCUUCUUCACCGCUGUCAACUCCAACCAGCCGCCAAAGAUUUUCGUGGCACACAGCAAGUUUGUCAUCCUCAGCGCACAUAAGCUGGUGUUCAUCGGCGACACGCUGUCACGCCAAGCCAAGUCUCCCGAGGUGCGAGCACUGGUGGCCCAGAGCAGCAACAGCCUCUGCGAAAAACUCAAAGACAUCGUGAUCAGUACGAAGACGGCGGCACUUCAAUAUCCUUCCCCCGGAGCAGCCAGAGACAUGACUGAGAGGGUGAGGGAGCUCGCAGGGUAUACGCAGCAGUUCAGGGUGGUGCUGGGACAGCUGCUGGGGAUCUAAGAGUUGAGGGGGUAAUAGAAAAAAGGAACAAUGACACUGAGAUGUCCCAGGAACAGGGGGGGCUUUCCAUUCCUUAUGCUUCUGACAUGUAGCAUUGUAAAGCCUGACAUCCUGUCUGGGACCGGGACUCUGACCUCACAUACGCCCUCCGCUCCCUCCCCUACCUCACCUUCCACUGGGACCAUUCCUCUCUUAUCCCUCCUUCCAUGGCGCGGUUUUUAUUCUAGACAGACUAAAAGGAACAUUUUAUCAUCAGUGGGCUGGGCCAAUGGUUGUAAAAUAAUCAUUGUAAAUAUUUAAGUUACCUAUUUAGUCAGAGAACCAGAGCGGUAAAAAACUAAAUGAUUUCCAGUAUAUAAAUAUAAAUAUAUGGCUCUUUUUUUUGAAGAAAAUAUGAAAACAUAAGUGUAGUUUUUAGGCAAUAUCAAUAAUAAUAAUAAUUAUUAUUAUUAUUAUUGCUAUACCAUAUGAUUGUGGCUCUGAUUCUUGAUCCUUGUAUCAUUAUUGUUAUGGAUGUGUAAAUUCCAGAUGCUAUGUAUGACUGUUGUAGUACGUCUAUGCUCUUCCAUCCCUGAAAAAGGCACACACUUUCCAAGAAAACACUGGAGACACACACCCAUCUUAAAACUUCACCUAAUGACAAACUGAAAGCUCUACAUGUUGCCAUGUUGCCUCUGUGUUUUGAGCAGUAUGUAUCAACCGGGUGUCCACGUUGAUUUCAACCCACCAGUGCAGACAAAACUGCUGCCAAAAGAUGUCAAAAAUAACUGUCCAGUUCCAAAACUGCAGUUAUCAUGGACGAUAUCAGUGCCAUCUUAACUGCUUUUUUGGGAAAUCUAUAUGUUGGUUGUUUCCUAAGAGGCAUAUAUUAGAUAAAAGGAGUGUAAAAGGUUAAAGACAAAAAAUGAAAUUAAACAUGCUUUUUCUUCUUUUCUCUGA